AUGUCCAACUCGGAGAAGCGGAUCUUAUCCCGCCCCUUGGCCCCCCUAGCUGCAGCACCCGGGGAAAAGCCCGGCUCGGGCAGCCGCCCGCUCCACUCCCAUGGCCAGAGCGGUGGAGGUGGAGGCAGCGGCGGGUCUCCUCCUCCUCCCCCCGCUCCUGGAGACGACUCGGCUGCCUGCAGCUCCCUCUCUCUCCUCCUAACAACCACCAACAGCAGCAGGAGCCGCGCUACAGGCACAGCCUCCUCCGCCAGCAUCGUCUCUAGAGCGGCGGCGGCUCCUUUCCUCGUUCCAAUCCCCUCCUUCUCCUACGCUUCUCCAUCUUCUUUUUAUUCCUUGCCGCCGCCUCCUCGUUUCCCCUCCUCAUUUUCCUUUAACCUCACAAGUCUCCAAGGGAGGGAAGGAGGAGGAGAGGCAGCGAGAACGGCAGGAGGAGGAGGAGGAGGUGGUGGAGGAGGAGGAAGAGAUGUUGGAGGAGCAGCAGCAGCAGCUCACUUGAUCGCCCAUCCAGGAGGCAGCGGCAGGAGGAGACUCUUCUAUUCUUCCUCCGUCCAGGGCUUGCUGCUCCGUUCCGCAGCCGGCGGCCCCCGACAGCACCACUCCCGGCUCCUCCUCUCCCCAGCCGCCUCUCGGCCGUGGUCCUGCAAUUCCCUCGGUGCUGCAGCAGCAGCAGCCCGCGGCGACGGGAUCCGAGGAGGCGACGGCCCCGGCGGGAGCAGGACUCCUAGGCGGCGGCAGCUGCAGAGAGGCGCCUUCUUCUCCUUCUCGUCUCCCCUGCUCCUAGGGCCAGACAUGGAAGAUGGAUCUAAUUCUGCAAGCUGCUUUAGGAGGUUUACGGACUGUUUCUUGAAUACAAGCUUAACAGAUGAAAAAGUGAAGGCAUAUCUCUCUCUUCACCCCCAGGUACUGGAUGAGUUUGUGUCAGAAAGUGUAAGUGCAGAAACUGUGGAAAAAUGGCUAAAAAGGAAAAAUAACAGACAAGAAGAUGAAACAGCUCCUAAAGAAGUCAGCAGGUACCAGGAUACGAAUAUGCAAGGUGUAGUGUAUGAAUUAAACAGCUACAUAGAGCAGCGCCUGGAUACAGGAGGAGAUAACCAACUGCUUCUGUAUGAACUGAGCAGCAUCAUUAAAAUAGCUACAAAAGCUGAUGGAUUUGCACUAUAUUUCCUGGGAGAAUGCAAUAAUAGUCUGUGUGUAUUUACACCACCAGGAGCUAAAGAAGGACACCCACGACUCAUUCCUGCAGGGCCCAUUGCACAUGGCACUACGGUAUCUGCUUAUGUAGCCAGAUCCAGAAAAACGUUGUUAGUAGAAGAUAUUCUGGGGGAUGAGCGAUUUCCCAAAGGUACUGGACUGGAGUCGGGGACCCGUAUCCAGUCUGUUCUGUGUUUACCAAUUGUCACAGCAAUUGGUGACCUGAUUGGUAUCCUGGAGCUUUACCGUCACUGGGGCAAAGAAGCCUUCCACCACAGUCACCAAGAGGUUGCAACAGCAAAUCUUGCAUGGGCUUCAGUAGCAAUACAUCAAGUACAAGUGUGCCGGGGCCUUGCCAAGCAGACUGAACUGAACGACUUCUUGCUUGAUGUAUCGAAAACAUAUUUUGAUAAUAUAGUUGCAAUAGAUUCUCUACUUGAACAUAUAAUGAUAUAUGCAAAAAACCUGGUGAAUGCAGAUAGGUGUGCACUCUUCCAGGUUGACCACAAAAAUAAGGAGCUGUAUUCAGACCUUUUUGAUAUUGGAGAAGAAAAUGAUGGAAAACCUGUCUUCAAGAAGACCAAAGAAAUAAGAUUUUCUAUAGAAAAAGGAAUAGCUGGUCAAGUGGCAAGAACAGGAGAAGUCCUUAACAUUCCUGACGCCUAUGCAGACCCACGCUUUAACAGAGAAGUAGACCUCUACACAGGCUACACAACCAGAAAUAUCCUGUGCAUGCCUAUUGUGAGCCGAGGAAGUGUAAUAGGUGUUGUGCAGAUGGUGAACAAAAUAAGUGGAAGUGCCUUCUCUAAAACUGAUGAGAAUAACUUUAAAAUGUUUGCAGUCUUUUGUGCUUUAGCCUUACACUGUGCUAAUAUGUACCACAGAAUUCGUCAUUCAGAGUGUAUUUACCGUGUGACGAUGGAGAAGCUAUCCUACCACAGUGUUUGUACAGCAGAAGAGUGGCAAAACCUCAUGCACUGUACACUGCCUCCACAUAUUUAUAAAGAAAUUGAGCUAUACCAUUUUGAUAUCAGUCCAUAUGAAGAUGUUUGGCCUGCUAUUUUUGUCUAUAUGGUUCACCAGUCCUGUGGGACAGCCUGCUUUGAACUUGAAAAGCUCUGCCGAUUUACUAUGUCUGUAAAGAAGAACUAUCGCCGUGUGCCCUACCACAACUGGAAGCAUGCAGUUACUGUUGCACAUUGCAUGUAUGCCAUACUGCAGAACAACCAGGGACUUUUCACUGAUCUAGAGAGAAAGGGUCUUUUAGUUGCAUGCCUGUGUCAUGACCUGGAUCACAGAGGUUACAGCAACAGCUAUCUUCAGAAAUUUGAUCACCCCUUAGCUGCUCUCUAUUCCACAUCAACGAUGGAACAGCACCACUUCUCGCAGACUGUGUCCAUCCUGCAGCUGGAAGGGCACAAUGUCUUCUCCAAUCUGAGCUCCAGCGAAUAUGAACAAGUACUUGAGAUCAUCCGGAAAGCCAUCAUUGCCACAGACCUUGCCCUGUAUUUUGGAAACAGAAAACAACUUGAAGAGCUGCAUCAGACAGGAGCAUUAAACCUUAAGAACCAAACACACAGAGAUAGAGUGAUUGGCCUGAUGAUGACAGCUUGUGAUCUGUGUUCUGUAACAAAGUUGUGGCCAGUUACCAGGCUGACAGCCAAUGAUAUAUAUGCAGAGUUCUGGGCUGAGGGCGAUGAAAUGAAGAAAACAGGUAUUCAACCUAUUCCUAUGAUGGACAGAGAUAAGAAAGAUGAAGUCCCUCAGGGUCAGAUUGGGUUCUACAAUGCUGUAGCUAUCCCAUGUUACACCACUCUUGCACAAAUCUUUCCUCCAACUGGGCCACUACUCCGAGCAUGCAGGGACAAUCUUAACCAAUGGGAGAAAGUAACGAGAGGCGAGGAACCCUCUAUAUGGAUUUCUUCUCAAUCCCUUGCUCCUGGGACCUCAGAUUCUCUUCCUGUGAAGACUGAUGACUGAACAGAAGUAACAGAUUGCUUUAACCUGAAAAUCACCCCUUCUUGUUUUGGGGAUUGUUUUUGUUUUGUUUAAUUUUUAUUUGAAAAAAAAAAAAAGAAAAAAAAAAGAAAAAAAAAAAAAAGGAAAGCUGCAAAAUGCUAAGAAGUAGACCUGCCUAGGAGGUAACACCCAUAGAGUUACCUCAGCUAAAUGACUCUGGCAGCCAAUCUCCUAACCUACACCAGUGACACAGCAUAAACAGAGGGAAAAUGACAACCCAGAUGUUUUGGAGUCAGCUAUCAAAACAGAACUUACAACUUGUGAAAAUAAAAGACUGGCCUUAUCUCAUAGGCUACCUUGCUGAGGCCUUAAUUUAAGACUGAUGGGGGUGGGGGGGAAACUUAUGGGAUAUUUCUAAAUUGUAUCUUUCUUGUAAGGGUUUCAAUGGUACUUUUAUUAUAUCCAUACUGUGGCUGGCUUUAACACCAGUGUCACUUGGGAGUUCUUGGCUAUAAAUAGAACAAUAUACCCAUUGCUAUUGUGAAUGUUUAUGUGUGAUCUAUUUGUUCAGUUUGAACUCCAGCAGAAUCCUUGGAGACUAUAAUUUAUGCUUAGGUAACAGUGAAUUCUCUUGCUGCAAACUAAAGGAAAACCAACAUUCAGGUUAAAGUUUUAAAGUACUUCAUUAAGCAUCAUGAUGCCAAUUGUCUGUCACUCACAAGGGAAAUGUUGGUAUAACUAGUGACGGUGCUUUGUUCUUUAGGAUGUUUUUUAAAACUCCUCCCUUAAAACACUGGAAGUACUGGUUAAUUAUCUCUGAUAUAAGAGGGAGUUUCAGGUUGGAGGUUUUGAAUUCAUAGUGAGAGAAAUAUCAGAUAAAAUUUAAAUGUGACAGCAAAGAUUUCCUUUUGUAGUGAGCUAUGAAAGUGAGCUACGAAUUAAGUAAAGCCAUCAUUUUUAUUUUUACCUGCUGAGCUGUAUUUUAAAAGGUAUUGGAGACAUCUAUCUGCUGGGAAGAAAAGCCUUGUCAGAAAAGUCAGGUCUGAUAAGAGGGAUUGUGGUACCAUCACAAUAAAUCAAAAAUGUUUUUUGUAUUGACUAGCUUUUGUGUUGCACAGUAACACUUCAUGUCUUCUACUGCUUUUUCCCCCCAUGCCAAGAUGAGUGAAAUUAGGAAACUUCUCCAUUUGUCUGUUUUUUUCCCCUAGUUAGAGAAAUUUCUAGGUUUAGAAAUGCCUUUCUUAGUGAAAGAAUACCUGACUGAAGAAAAGUACACUAAAUGGCGUGUUUACAGUUCUGUGCUGACUUAGGCCUCAGCCUUACAAACUUAUGCACAGACUUACAUGUAAUGCCACUCUUAUAAAUUUACUGCAAUUGUACAGAAUGUUUCACAACACUUAAUUUGCCUUUGUCUUUCUCUCAAAAAUAUUAAUAAGAAAAAAAAAUCUUCAUAGUGAUCCACACAUUAGGUGAAAACACAGUCUUUACACACCUUUCCCAUAUAGCCUAUACUGCAUUAUGUGAUUUUUCACAGAUAAUGCACUCUUGUGGAGGUUCCGUGGUAACACAGCCUUUGUGUAAUUGCAACGAGUAAUAGUAGUGACCUAAAGACAGAACACAGGUUCUCUUUUUCCAUCUCCUGUCUUUUAGGCUCUAUUGCUCUAAUAGGCAUGCCAGCUUUUGGGUUUCUUGUGAACUUGGCCUCUUGAGUUUUGCCUUCUGUUAUGGUCGAGCACAUGCUAGUAUCUGUUUAUGUGUACAGUGUGUGAUCCGUAGUCGCAUAAUGUAUAAAUGCACCUAAGCCUUUGCUGUACAUAGAGAUCCUACAGGCUGAGAAUUCAAUAUGAAGUUAUCUUAUUUGUAUGAUGCAUGUUACCUAGCAAUAGCCUUUUUUUUUUUUUUUUAACCAAUUCUAAGUGCAGAAAUUCUUUGGCAAAUCACAGCAAACUGGUUUGGAAUUGAAAAAGAGCAAAAACAAACAAAAAGAAAAACAUGGCAGGAAACAAUUACAGCAAAGUAGAAUGAAUGAUAUCUCAUACUGUGUCCUCUACUUUCCUCCUUAGCCAUUGUGUUUCAACUAAAUAAUGCAGAUGCAACCUUUCAUCACUAAGUACUUGAGGCAGAAUCCAUGGUUCCUAAUUUACAUGGAAAUUAUCUACAUCUAUGGUGACUACAGAAGUGCUCUUUGAAAUUCAGAUGGCCCAACAACUGGAUGGAAUGUUUUUCUUUGCAGGUUAAGUAUAUUUGCUUAAGCAUAUUUGCAUUAAAGAUAACUUCACUUGUUCUGUUUCCUACCAUCAAAAAAUGUUUGGCAGUAUCAACACUAUGUUAUGUUUUGAAGUUUGUAAGUACUGAUAGAGGACACGAUUCCCUGGCAAAUUUGUCAAAUUGGCAAUGAGUUGUUUUAUUAAUGUCUCAAGUGAAUCAGCUACUGUUUCUAUUAUAGAACUAUCCAAACAACUUAAAAUAUAUGUUUGCUAUAGUUUAAUGUCUAUUAGAAUUUUUAAAAAUAUGCUCCAGUGGAUGUGGUUUGGUUUGAUUUCCUGGUGCGUAAAAGGAGAAAGGUAAUGACAAAAUAUUACUUUUUGUUAGGACUAGACCAAAAAAAUUAGUCACGAGGAGCUGUUAUAUUUAAGCAAAUGUAGUCUGUCUUAGCAUUUACAGAGUACAGAUUCAUAUGUGUAAAUAUUUUUUUUAAAAAAGACUUGUACCUGUACUUCCAAAGUCAAACCCACCAAAAGUUAGAAAUUUGGAGCUGCAUUUGAAUUUCAUGGAUCAAAGACAUGUUGAGAUCUAAUUGUUCAAAGUUCUGAACUCAAACUCGCAAUUGAUGAAGACAUCUAGGUUUGCAAGACAUCUGACUCAGUAAGUUAAAUUGUCCAAAGUCAUUCCUCCUUGCAUUUUUAUCCUACUAAAACUCAUCUUGCCCAAAAGAAUAUAUAAAAAGCUUAACAGAUCUUUCCUUUCCUAGAAGUGUUAGAUUUUAUAUUCUUAGAAUUGCAUUUUUCUUGAUAAUAAUUGCAGCUGCUUUUCCCUCCUACAUCUAGUAAAUGUAAAAACACUGUUUGAAGCUGUAACUGAGCAUUUCUAGUGUAUUAUGUGCCUGAAAAUGUGCCUGAAAGGUAUGCACUAAGUGAGAAAAAUAGUUGACAUAGCAUGAUACUCAUCUGAGAUGCUGCAUGUUUUAUUACAGCAUGACAAAUUCCAUUGUUACAAUUAAUUGAUGAAUUUUGUAUGGUUUUGCAAUAUUGUACUCACAUGGUUCAACUCAUUGCAGUAAUUUUUUUUCUAUAAGUAAUCAUUAAAGAAAUGAAACAGGGUUUUUUAGCUGGAGUAUAUGAUCAAGCAUGUUAAAUUGGAGGGGACAUGCAGAGUGGAAUUCAUCUUUUUAUGUGACACAGAUUUCUUUCCUGUGUGUAAACUUAAAACAGUAUGAUCAGUUUGCUGUGACUGCACUUAGAGCAUAUAGUGUUAAAAUUGUUGGAGUAGCAAAAAGCAGUAUUCAUGUUAAAAAAAUAGAGAUUAUUAGAUGCUCAAAUCAAUCAUGACCCUCUUGAAAUAAUGCAUUUGCCUCAAACACUGUGAUAUUGGACCAGUUCUUUGAAGUGGAACAAUUAAUUUAUUUAUUCUAAACACAGAAAAGGCUUUCUGCACACUACUACAAGGAAGUUAAUGUUCAAACUUUAGGUUCUAUAUCCCAAUCUAGCAAAGGCACAUCAUAACUUUUGUUUGCUUUCUGACCAAAAACUGUGCUCGAUUGUAAUACGGGUGUAUACUCUGUCAAAUAAACCUAAAAUAAAAGACUGCUUCCUAGGGUAGAUCAAACUGAUUUGUAGAGUAGUUUCAUAAAUAUUCCAAAUUCAGGUUGGGCUGUUACGUGGAGAAGAAAGAACUUCAAGGUAACAACAUUCAACUUUAUUACAUUUAGUGAGCUGAAAAUUUUGUUAUAUAUAUAUAUAUUUACACACAUACAUAUAUAUAUAUAUAUGAUACAUAUAAACUAUCUUUGUAAAAAUAUGCAAGUGCAAUAAUUUAAAGAGGUCUUAACUUUGCAUUUAUAAAUUAUAAAUACUGUACAUGGUGUGUAAUUUUUUUUCAUGUAUUCAUUUGCAGUCUUUGUAUUUAAAAAACAAACCUAAACCUUUACUAUUACGUUUGUACAAUAGAACAGUAAGCAUUUAUUAUAUCGUUAAGUUGUAAAUAAAUUCACAAACCAAACAGCCAGUACAUAUGCAUAUAUGGGUGUCCUAUUGUGAAACCUGUUUCUGCUUUUACUGCUGCCUUUAGCACAGCAAGACAACUUCUGUGGAUAUGUAAUUAUACAU